AUGAUACCAUGCGUAUUAUUGUACUGUUUCAACCUCCUGUUCUUAGCCUACUUUUUAAAAGUGUCAUGUUCUUCUUGUGACAUAACCAUUAACCGAAAAAAUGUUAAGUCCUUUGUGUUCAAUAGCCACUCUGAGUACAUUAAUGCUUUGAAAGGGUCAAAACCAGAGUAUCCUGGAAACAUCAUUCCCACAGGGAAUGAGAGUUUGUCCAAGGAGGGUGGAGAUGCGGUUGCUGGUGCUGGUGCUGAGGGUGGCGAAAAGGCAGGGAAGGAGGGGCCAACGGAGGAGGAGGAGGAGGAGGAGGAGGAGGAGGAGAAGAAGAAGAAGAAACCGGAGCAAAUGGGGGGGAUAAAUGAGGAGGAAAAGAAGCCAGAGGAAAAGAAGCCAGGGGAAAAAAAGCCAGAGGAAAAGAAGCCAGGGGAAAAGAAAUCGCAGGGGAAGAAGCCAGAGGAGAUGGAGCCAGAGGAGAAGAAGACAAAGGGAAAAAAGACAAAGGGAAAGAAGCCAAAGGAGAAGAAGCCAGAGAAGAAAGGGAAGCAGAAGGAGAAGGAAGAAAAUAAGUUCCAGAAGGAAGAGAGCAAAGUAAUGAAGACACUGAAACAGAAAUUUGGAUUCCAAGUUGAACCCAAAUUGAAAUCCAGAGUGGGGUCCAAAGUAAGGAAGAAGGGCGAAGGCAGGAGUCACCAAAAGACCAAAGAAGACCUUGCACACAGCCAAAAAGUUGGCGACUUUGUUGAGGCAAUCUCCCUGUCGAACCGGAAUGUGGACGAAGUGGUUUCAGAAAAUCUCCUUCCCAACGAAAAAAUUAACCAGUGGAUUCAGGCUAUUCCCCUACCCGACGAAAAACUGGAUAAAACGACUCUACCAGACGACCUAACUGACAAAUUAGCUACUGGAACGUCGCAGCCAGAACAAGGGAGGACCCAAAAAACUGAUGAAUCGAUUCAGGCUAUUCCCCUACCCGGCGAAAAACAGGAUAAAAAGACUCUACCAGAAAGGCUAACUGAAAAAUUAAUUACUCGAACGCCGCUGUCAGUACGCCGGAGAGCCAAAAAAACUGUCGAAUGGAUCAAGGCAAUCCCUGACCAAAGAGUUCAAUCAGUCCUCCUAACUGAUGAAGUAGCUACUGAAACGCCGCUGUCUGAACUCCGGGGAGACAAAAAAACUGAUGAAUGGAUUCAGGCUAUUCCCCUACCCGACGAAAAACUGGAUAAAACGACUCUACCAGACAACCUAACUGACAAAUUAGCUACUGGAACACCUCUGUCAGAAUCUCGAGGAGACAAAAAAGAUGAUGAGUGGAUUGAGGCAAUCCCUAUACCCAGUGAAAAAGUGGACCAAACAGUUCAACCAGGCCUCAUAACCGAUGAAGUAGCUACCGGAACGACGCUGUCAGACCACAUACACUCCCAAGUAGACAAUCAGAAGAUCCCAUCAACUCAUGCACCAACCGAAGUAACCAGUCCGACAGUUCAGUCGGAAUUCUCUUACGGAAAAAUCAAAAUAGAUAAUCAAAAGACUCCAGGAAAGAGUGUACCCAACCAGCGGGUGAACGAAAAAAAACCCAAAGAGAAUAUAGGCACACCAUCGGGAGCAAGGGGCAUAAAAAAAUAUGCAGAAAAGUUGCAUCGAAUUGCGAAAAGGGAAAAAAAAGAGGGCUCAAAAGAGGAUGCAAAAGAGGAUUCAAACGUAGAAUCAAACGUAGAAUCAAACGAAGAAUCAAGCAUAGAAUCAAACGAAGAAACAAGCGAAGAAACAAGCGAAGAAUCAAGCGAAGAAUCAAGCGAAGAAGGAAACGAAGAAACAAAAUGGGACACAAUAGAGGACAUAGCAGAAGAGGCCCUGAAGGAACAAACAUGGAGCGAAAAAAAAGGAAGGAAUAAAAAGGGUUGGUUUGGAAACUACUGGAGUCAAAGUUCAAAAAAAAGUAAAUCAAGAAAAUCAAGAAAACCAGAAAAUGCUGAGAAAAAAGAAGAAAUGAAAAAAUCAAAUUUAAUUCCAUUUAUCUGUAAGAAGACUAAUGUAAGAAAAGAUGAACACGUUAAGUUAAAUGCACAGAAAUGUUCGGUGACGGAAGUUGCUAACACAGAUUUAGAUGCAUGUGAAAAGAAAAAUGUAGAAAAUGAAAUAUCAUUUGACAAAGACGGAAUGAUACAAAAAAUAAACGGAGGUUAUCUAAAGGUCCAACCCAUUGACGACAACAAAACAGAAAAGGAAAUAAAAGACGAAGAAGAAAUUAUACGAAGAGGAAGCAUCGGUUUUCCUACGAACUCAAACAAUCCUUAUGUCGUAGGAGAAUAUAUAACUAAUACACAAGAACACGUGGGGGGGGGCGAUGCAGAAGAAGGAAAACAUUUAGACAUGUUGGGCGGGCAGGUCGUUCGAGAAGGGGAAGGAGUGGAACCUUGCAAUGCGAUACAGAGGAGGGAUGUAGAUCUAGUGCCAAUAAUAGGAGAGAAUAAUGUGAGAUUCGGAGGGGUGGAUCAAGUGAAAAAGAAGGGUUCAAAAUCGAAGAGGAGGAAAGAAGGGAAGAGGAGGAAAGGAGAGGCGAAAAAGAAAGCAGGCGAUGCGAAAAAGGAGGAGGGAGAAGCGAAAGCGGAGGAGGGAGAAGCGAAAGCGGAAGAGGGAGAAGCGAAAGCGGAGGAGGGAGAAGCGAAAGCGGAAGAGGGAGAAGCGAAAGCGGAGGAGGGAGAAGCGAAAGCGGAAGAGGGAGAAGCGAAAGCGGAGGAGGGAGAAGCGAAAGCGGAAGAGGGAGAAGCGAAAGCGGAAGAGGGAGAAGCGAAAGCGGAAGAGGGAGAAGCGAAAGCGGAAGAGGAAGAAACCAAAAAGGAAGAGGAAGAAACCAAAAAGGAAGAGGAAGAAACCAAAAAGGAGGAGGGAGAAGAAACCAAAAAGGAAGAGGAAGAAGAAGUGAAAGUAGAAGAUACCAGCACGAAAAAGGAAGAUGCCGACACGGAAGAUAGCGGCAUCGACAGCGACGACGCACAGAACAAACAGAUGGAGGUGGUGCUUAGGAAACCUGCGGAGGGUGAACAUUUGGAAAAUAAACUAUACGACGACUAUGAGGAUGAAGAUGAUGAUUAUGAUGAUGAUGAUGAUGACGACGACGACGACGACGACGACGAAGAAGAAGAAGAAGAGGACGAAGAAGACGAAGAUGAUGAGGAAGAAGAAGAAGAGGAGGAGGAGGAGCAGGAAGUGGAUGACAUCGAUGAGGUAAUAAAUCGGCACCUGGACGAAGUGGAGCAAAUUGAACAGUCUUUGGGGCUUGCAAAAAAAGAUGAUUCUACUGAAAUAGAUGUAGUGGCUACUCCCCCGAAAGGCAACAAGUCUGACAACGCGGACACAGAGAGCAUCAUAAGUGGAGGUAACGACGAUUUGGGGGAAGAAAAAGAAUUUGGGAAGAAAGAUCGAUUCAGAUACAAAUCGACCCAUGUAAAUGUGUACGAAAGGUAUAAAAAGGACCUGAAGUUGUACAGCGAGAUGUUGAAAGAAAAUGAGCUAAAUGAGUUUUACAAGGAAAUAAUAAGAAAUCGAGAAUUAGUAGACAUCAAUUACAAAAAUGAAUAUGCUUUAAAAAUGAAGUACCAUAAAGGGUAUGAUUUUUCUCUACACAAUUUACACAUUGUGAAUGAACAAAAGGCAAGUGAAAAAUUUUAUUCCAAUUUUGUAGCAACCUGUGAUGAGGAAGAUAAUGCGACAUUUCAAGAUGUCAAUUAUUUUGCUGACUUGACAAAAAUAGAUGUAGAUCCCAUAAUGUUUAAAGAGUUUUACCUAAGAUUUAGUGUAUGUGAUGGGGAAUACUUACCUUUGAAAAGUACUUUGGUGGAAAAGAUAUGUUACCUAGCAAACCAUUUAAAAAAAGAACCCUCUAUUAAUAGAAUCAAAAUUAGAAGGAAGAAAUCGAUUCUGUAUCGCCUAUUUUUGAAUAUAGUUAAAACGUUUAAAAAGUUACCCCUAAAACAGUGCAUUAAGGAUGUGGAAGAAUCAAACUUGCUGGAUAUUUUUUUUCUCCUGAAUGAAGAAAUUGUAAAGGAAUCGAAAAAAGAACUGAACAUAGGGAAAUGUCUAAAUAAUGUAAUAGCUCGAAACCAUGACUGGUACGAUUUAAUCAACUUCAUCGUUAUGAUUAUGUUUGGUUGUACAACGUACAUGAAGGAACAUUAUUUCCUUACGGAGGAAGAAAGAAACAGAUUCAUAACAACGGAUCAAAUUGUAGAUUUACCCAUAUUUGAAUAUCUGAACUCAAACGUCAUUGACAUUUUUGUCCCCGCCAAUGUGCAAGCACAAAUUGAUAUCGACCUGUUGAAAGACAUUACAGAUGCGCCUGAACAUAAGAAAAAAAUGUUUCAAACUUGGUAUGUCUGCUAUUUAUUUACCCAUAAGGUAUAUUUAGUAAAUAAAAUGUGGAAUGUGAUAAAAAAAUGGGAAGCAUCGAAAUUUAUCCCCAACCCCUGGUACAUAGAUCACGUAGGAAGUGCCUUAGUUCCUCAGAUAAUGAAUUUACAUCACCUGGAGGAAGAUAAGUAUGUCUUUUUCAGGUAUAUUGAUUCUCUUCAAAUUUUUGUAUCUUUCAAGAGAAGCAAAAAAUACCCCUUACCAAAUUAUGACAAGAACAAUUUCCACUUGGUAGAACAUAUUGUAGCUUUUCAAGGAUCGGCUAGCCCCUUUAUGUGGAUGCUAAAUGUGAUAUACGAACUAACUUCGUACCCCUUUUUGACAAAGGGAAAACUGCACAAGGCGUAUCUGUUCAUAUUCAAACGAGUAGUGAAGCCAUACUUGCACGUAUUAAAGAAAAACAUUUUAAAUGAAAUUAAGGAUGAGAAAUCCAAGUAUACCAAAGAGAAUCCAUAUGUCAUUAUAUUUACUGGUCACUCCUUUGGUGCAGCUAUGGCCCAUUUGAGCUCCUUUUAUUUAGCCAAAAUUUUGAAGGCUAAAAAUAAUCCCAAAGUGAAGGUGCUUUCUGUGACUUUUGGAAUGCCCAUGUUUUUUGAUGACCAGUUUUCGGAAGACUUCCGAAAAAGUGGUGUCAUUAGUAACAACAUCAGUAUUGAUUAUGACCCCAUACCAUACACUAUGGCAAUUCCUGGACUGAACGAUUUUAAGGACCCGGAUGAAGAAAAAAAAUCAUCCAUCAUUUUAAAGGUUAAUGAUUUGAAGAACUUAAAUCAUGAUUUUGGUGAAAAUAUUUUCAACGGAAAUGAACUGUUUCAUCACGAAAGGAAUCAACCUCGUUUUAUGAUACACCUCCUUACAAAAUAUAUAUUUAACAAUAAUGUUUUUCUCGAGUUGGGAGAGUUACACAUUUCACAGACGCACUACUUUUUUUAUUAUGUGUUCUUAACUCUCCUGUCCGGAUGGGCCAAUGAGGCAGAAUGGGGCACUUUCUUCCUGAUCCCAUUUUUCCUCUAUGACAUUAUUGAUUUCACACACAGCGAAAUCAUGACCAAGUCGAAAGAGGUGCACAAAAAGUAUAGAGAAGAUUUAAUGAAAAAAUUGCAGAGCAGCCAGAAGCAUAAAGGUAGCAGCAGUAAGAAGUAG